UUGUUCGAUCUCGGUUUCUGUUAUUGUUGAAAUCCAGGGUUUUGCUCUUUAAUGGAUGAGUUUUGGGAGAGAGCCGUGGAAACGGCUCUCGUCGGCCAAACCGAUUGCUCAUCUACUCGUUCCCUGACCCUGGAUGGCGCAGUGAAAUGCUUCCAGGGCCGUCUCCCUCCUCCAAGUUUGUUAGAGAAAUAUGAGAACCUCGAGCACCUCUCCAUUGCAAACGUUGGUGUGUCAUCUCUAGAGAAGUUCCCCCGCCUUCGGAACUUGCAGAAGCUCAUCCUCUCUGACAAUCGUAUUGCAGGCGGCCUUGAAUUCCUCGUCGAGGCCGGUCUGGGGUCGCUGCGGGACCUUGACCUCUCCAACAAUCGAAUCCAAUUCCUUGAAGACCUCGCUCCACUUGCGCAGCUCAGGCUCAUCUCUCUCGAUCUCUACGAGUGUCCAGUCACGAGGAUCAAAGAUUACCGAUCUAAGGUCUUUGGCUUGAUCAAAUCUCUUAAAUACUUGGACAAGAUGGAUGCUGAUGAGAAUGAGCGGCCUGAGUCCGAUGAGGAGGAGGAAGAAGAAGAAGAUGACGAAGAUGAUGAUCCUGGGAGUGGAGAGAUCGACGGUGAAGAUCGGUCGGGAAAGAUGGGUAAUGGUGGCAGCGUUGGUGGUGGAAGAACCGUUGUCGACGCUGACGAAGACGAGGAGAGCGAUGCGGAUGAGGAAGAGACGGAGAUCACCAGGGUCGCAAAUGGAUCGAGUUCGCACCAUCAGUCUAAUGGAUAUCGGGUCGCGGCCUCGACAGAUGGAGACGAGGAUGAGGACGACGUAGAAGACGAGGAAGAAGAUGAUUUGGGUGAGGAGAUUGAUGAAGAAGAGGGUGAGGAAGAGGAUGUUGUGGAGGUCCAUGAGAUCGAUGACAGUGACGAGGACGAAGAUGGGGUAGAAGAGGAUGAUGAUGGUGAAGACGAGGAAGAGGAGGAGGUAGAGGACGAAGAGGAAGAUGUAGAGCCUGGUAGUACGGGGCGACUGACCAGCACUGAAGGUGAGAUUGAUGGUCAUGAGCAGGGUGAGGAAGACGAGAAUGGAGAGAUUGGGGAGGAGGAGGAACCAGGCGUCGAAGUAGACGGUGAAUAUGAAGAAGAUGAUGGUGAUGAUGAGGAAGAAGAUUAUGGAGCAGAGUACCUGGUUCAACCAAUUGGGCAGGCUGUAGAAGAAGAUGCUGAAGGUAGCGAUUUGGAGCCAGGUAAUGAAGAUGAUGCCGAGGAAGAGGUUGAAGAUGAAGUGGACCUCCUGCAUGGCAAGGUGAAACCCCAUCCAACUACUUCGUCUCAGGCUAAGAGGAAGAGAGAAGAAGAUGAAGAUGAUGAUGACGACGACGACGACGAUGGUGUUGAAGAUGCGAAGUCAUCUAGGCACCAUUAGCAGUUCAUGACGUGCU